AUGACUCCACGAGACCCGAUCGCCUCUUCGUCCCGACGACGUCCCUCCCUUUCGCUCAGAACUCGACCCCGUACCGCUACCUCGUCGACCUUUCAGCCGUCCGCACUUGAACAUGACGCCUGGAACAGACUGUCCGUGCUAGACGCGGCCGAAGACGAUGAAGGGCAGGUUGUGGAAGAAAUGAACCACUUCCCCGAACCCGUCCCAAGGCGUCGUGGAGCCAAGAGCUUCUCUAGUCUCCGUCAUCCUGUGGACGGGCUGCGCGCUCUCGGCCGUCGCUUGUCGGUCACCAUUCGCAAUAAAUCGACCCGACAUGCUUCCCACCAUCACGAGGAGAACACCCUGUGCCAGGGUUAUGAGCAUACCACCAACGGAAAUGCGGCCCCGUCGAGGCAUAGCUGGUGCAGAGGUUCCAGCAUCAACCGUCGCGCAUCGCUGAACAGCGUGCCCGGCCUGCACGGGUUUUACGCCCCUACUGCCGGCAUCAACGGUCCCAUUCCUGGCAAUGGACUGGAGCCCCCGAUCCUUCCAAACGACAUAUACGCAGGUGCGGCUGCUCGAGCUGCCGCUGCGGCUCAGAAUGAAAUGGCUCGAGUCGAGCGCGACAGUGCCAAAUUGUCUGAUGCGAGGCUGCCGCAGGAUUCGGAAAGUGGCAUCGGCAUUGACCUGCGUGAUCGUUCGGAUGACCUCUCCGAUGUUGACCUCGAGGAUAUCGUACGCCUCGAUCCGGUGGACUCUUUGCCAACGGAGAUCAUGUCUCAAGUUUUCAGCUAUCUUGAUCCCGAAUCUCUGAUGCAAGCCGAAUUGGUCUCUCAUGCGUGGAGGGGCCAGGCAUCCUCCCAGCAUAUCUGGAGACAGGUAUUCCGUCGUGUCUACGGACACAGCCGCCCCAGUGGCGUUUCCUCCAAGAAGAAGCAGUCUGCAGGAUUGGGGAAGACCAUUCCCAAUCAAGACUGGAAGAGGAUGUUCUUCGUCCGUCGUGCCCUAGACGACCGCUGGAAGGAAGGCAAGGCUGCUGCCAUCUACCUCCACGGACAUACGGAUAGUGUAUACUGCGCGCAGUUUGAUGAGGACAAAAUCAUCACCGGUUCUCGUGACCGGACUAUCCGUGUAUGGGAUGCUCACUAUCCCUGGCCAUGUCGCAAAAUCAUUGGUCCUCCCCCGGGAGAUGUUCCUGGCGUCGGGCCGGUGAACAAUACAAGUCAGCAGUCGUCAGGAAAACCUCCAUUUCUGACCAUCUGCCCUCCCCCCACACUCGCUGACGGGAUUGUGACCCCGAUGGACCAGUCCUCGGACUACCAUAGUGCUUCGAUCCUGUGCCUUCAGUUCGAUGAGGAGAUCAUGGUCACUGGAUCAUCAGACUUCUCGUGCAUUGUGUGGGAUAUUCACAGCGACUACAAACCGGUUCGUCGCCUUGAAGGCCACCGAGCUGGCGUGCUGGACGUCUGCUUUGACGAGCGGUACAUUGUCUCGUGUUCCAAGGAUACCACCAUUUGCGUCUGGGAUCGUCAGACCGGAGCCCUCGUGAAGAGGCUGGUCGGACACCGCGGACCGGUCAAUGCCGUCCAGCUGCGAGGCGAUCUGGUCGUUUCUGCAAGUGGGGACGGAGUUGCUAAACUGUGGAACAUCACGUCGGGUCUGUGCAUCAAGGAAUUCCCUAGCAAAGACCGCGGUCUCGCGUGUGUCGAAUUCAGCGACGAUGCGCGGACCAUCCUCACGGGGGGCAAUGACCAGGUGAUCUAUCAGUUUGAUGCCAACACUGGCGAGCUGGUGAAUGAGCUCAAGGGCCACGUGGGCCUGGUCCGGUCUCUGCACUUGGAUAGUAUGAGCCAACGAAUUGUCAGCGGCAGCUACGACGUCAGCGUCAAGGUGUUUGACGCGCAGACUGGCGAACUGUCAAUUGACCUACCAGGAUGGACCACUAGCUGGAUGCUGAGUGUGAAAUCCGACUACCGGCGUAUUGUGGCCACCAGUCAAGACUCUCGCGCCGUCAUCAUGGAUUUCGGAUACGGUCUUGACGGUAUCGAUCUACUGGAAGAAUAA